AUGGCCACCGUUAUAGGGGCUGCGGUGGCCGAUUUGGACCCUAUUAUCAUCAAGGGCUCGAAAUUCUUCUACUCCAGCAAUGACACCCAGUUCUUCAUGCGUGGUGUCGCAUACCAGUACUCCCAGACCCAAGAUCCUCUGGCGGAUGCUGCUGCGUGCAAGCGUGAUGUUCCUUAUAUGCAGCAGCUGCGGACCAAUGUGAUCCGAACUUACUACAUCGAUCCCACUGCCGAUCACAGCGAGUGUAUGUCGCUGCUGGCCGACGCGGGCAUCUACGUAGUGUCUGAUCUGUCGAGUACCACAGAGGCCAUUAACCGCGAUGACCCCGAGUGGAAUGUCGCUCUGUACGAUCGCUACACCAGCGUCAUCGACGAGCUGUCGAAGUACAACAACACGAUUGGUUUCUUUGCUGGCAAUGAGAUCGCCAAUUCUCAAAACACUACCGAUGGUAUGGCCUUCAUCAAGGCCGCCGUCCGCGACAUGAAGGCGUACAUCAAGGAGAAGGAUUACCGCCCCAUGGGUGUUGGAUACGCCUCUGCUGAUGUCGCGUCUAUUCGUGUAGCACUCGGAAACUACCUGGACUGCGGUACUGAGGCGGAUAUAGUCGAUUUCUACGGUUACAACAUUUACUCCUGGUGUGGGGACUCUAGCUACCAGGCCUUGGGCUACAAAGCCCGCACCGAGGAGUUUGCCAAUUACACUGUCCCCGUUUUCUUUGCUGAGUACGGUUGCAACGAAGUCCAGCCUCGUACCUUCACCGAUGUUGCCACUCUCUACGGAGACGCCAUGUCCCAGGUUUGGUCUGGUGGUAUUGUUUACAUGUACUUCCAGACCACCAACGAUUACGGUCUGGUCUCCGUCGUCGACAACACCAGCGUUAGCACUAUGACCGACUUCCGCUACUACUCCAAGCAGAUCGCCGCCGUCUCUCCAUCCGGCACCAACAAGGCCUCUUACACCCCCACCAACACCGCCCUCCAGGACUGCCCUGCCAUUGCCUCCUCCUGGGAGGCCGUCGCCACUCCUCUCCCCCCAGCCGCAGAUCAAAGCCUCUGUGACUGCAUCUAUGACGCCGCUGCAUGUGUCCCCGACGGCAGCCUGUCCACGGCCAAGAUGGGCCAGCUCCUCGGUGUUGUUUGCGGCUACACCGACUGCGGCGGCAUUGACGCCAACGCUACCACCGGCAAGUACGGCGCAUACAGCAUGUGCGGAGUGAAAAACCAACUCGCUUUUGCCUUGGACAAGUACUACGGCGAGCAGUCCAGCGCCGCCAGCGCUUGCAGCUUCUCUGGUUCCGCCAGUACCAAGGCUACCACCGCUCCGACUGGCGCUUGCUCGACCCAGAUCAAGCAGGCUGGUGCCGCUGGAACGGGCUCUGUGAGCGCCCAGGCUACUGGGAAUGGCGGCUCUGGAUCUUCCGAGACCUCCACGUCCCACAGUGGUGCCGCGGGCUCUAUCUACCAGGCGUCGUCGUUCAGCUCUUUCCAGAUUGCUGCUUACACCGGCGUUGCCGUUCUUACUGGAAUGGGCAUGAUUCUUCUGUGA